AUGCAAUUUCGGCAGACAUUAGUUCGUUUGACAUCGCUGAUGCAUGGCUCCGCCUUGGAUGAAAUAAGUGGCAGCCUUGAUGACAGCUAUCAGACCAUCGAUGUCAUGUCGCUGGACACCACGACGCUGCGGUUUCUGCGCGACUGCAAGAUGAAGUACGAUUGGAACAAGGUCUGUGCCCUGCAGCACAUGAUCCAGGUUCUCAUCACGCAUAAUCUGCGCAUAGGUGUCUUGGACAUUCCGCCGCCCAUCCUCUCGCGUGUCUACCAGACCCUGUCACGAGGAUUUGUGAAUCUGCUGAAUGCUGUGAAGAUCAAGGACACAAACUUCCCAUUUCCCUGGGCUCAGAUGAUCAUGCUUCUUCUGGUUGUGCAUUCGGUCUUCACUCCAUGCGUGGUGACUUCUUUCAUGACGAGCUAUCAGUGGGCCAUUCCCGUGACCUUCGUUCCCGUGUUUGGCAUGUUUGCGCUGAAUCAGGUGGCCGCGCAGCUAGAAAUGCCAUUCGGCCAGGACGACAAUGACCUUCCUCUGGAGCAUUUCCAGAAGGAAAUGAAUCUCAGCUUGCUCCAGCUGAUGCACGAGAUGUCAGACCAUCUGCCCAGCAUCAAGCCCAAUGCCAAGACACACGUCGAUGAACUGAGAUCUUUCAAGUUUUCACCUGCCUCGGACGCCUACUGUGAUUAA